UAGAUCACGUUUAACAACCUCUACCAUGUCCUUAUUUGUUGAUGGUAGAUUCGUAGAGGUGUCAAAAUGCAAUUAUCUUCUUCAGCCUGCACCAAACAGGGCAAUUCGAACUUACAUCGGAACACCAAAAGACAUUGCGAGAAAAGCAGGCACUGGCAAAGCAAAACUUGCUUGGGAUUUGGGUCCGUGUUAUUUUUUUGAAGACGAACUAGAUGGAGAUAUAAUCGGGGUGUAUUAUCAUCUCGGUCCUCGUUACUCUUCCAAUUUCCAAGAUUCUCUGGGUCAAUUUCAAACCUAUCAAACGUCCACGUUACUCAACAUGAGACUUGAAGCGUUGAGCCGUCAUAGAAAGGAUUCUCCAAUUGAACUCGACAACUUGGCUAUGGUAAAUGCAAUACGCGGAAACAAUAGUCAAACAUUGCCUGAAGAUAAAAUAAUUUUUGCUUUUAAUGCGAGUAAUGUCCUUGUCUGCGGACAAAAUGCCAGUAUCCUUGGAGCCGGACUUUCUGAAGGCACAUCGCAAGCAUUGGCGCUUGAAACUGCUAACACAAAGGUGAUCUUGAACGCAGCAGUGCCGAAAGUCGAACGUGCUUUGAGGGUACCUCAUGGACUUGCCUAUUUGAUGGGUGACCCAGUGACAGCUGUUCCGUAUGGUAUGGAUGAUUCAAUUUGGAAGAUUGGCGGUUCAGCGGUAGUCCUGAGAUUAAUUGAAAGGGCGGAGACAUCAACAGAUCUGUGUAAAACAGUAUGUACACUGAUUGAACUCAUCCGUUUUAGCUGGCGAAAUUCCGAAGAUAUGGAAAGGAUUCAUGGAUACGAGAUAUUGGCAUAUCUAUUAAAGCAGAAGCACGGCCUUUUAACCAUGGAAAUUUUAAAUCUACUACUUGCCUUUGUAGGACUCAAUUCAACUAGCCCAAACGAUUCGGUUAUUAUAAAUCCUCUCGCAUAUAGGUUUCUAAUAUUGGAUUUCGACUUAUGGAAACAUUCUGAUGAAGCAGUACAAAGGGCACAUCUCCAACAGUUUGCAACCUUUAUUCAAUUUAGCAAUCACCAUCAUUUCAAUGCAAAACGCCUAAGCAAAAUGCAUGUUGUAAAGAAGAUGUUGGUGGCUUUGAAGACGAACGUUUAUCCCAAGGGUUUGCUUACUGAAUUUGUAGCAACCCUGAAAAUAGUAGUGAAGUAUAAUUUUACGACUGAAGUCAUAAGAUCAAUUGCCACUUUUUUGGUUUCUACAUUAAAUAAGCCAUCUCUUAACCGUCGUGUAACUCGUAAGGAUUCACCAUUUAAAAAUAACGUAGACAUGAAUUUUACUAGUGAAAAUAGUAGAAGAUCGACGCAAAGCAUAAUAACCGAUGUUAGGAGUCUUUCUGUUGAAACGAUGGCGAAACAAGUUGGCGUCAUGGUCAUGGAAAUGCUGACUGAAAUAGUUUGCGAUAAACUAAACCCUUUUUAUGUCAACAAAUUUGCGACCACAAUUACAAACAAGUGGCCGCUGCUUUUUUUCAGUAAAGAUUCCAAUCCCUUGUGGGUAGUUUGCGCGGCCAGAAUUUUAUCCAGACUUUUUCACUCCCAAGGUGCCAAUUGCAUAAACAAAUUUCGUGCAUCAUCUGAAGGGUUUAUAGUUAUGCAAAAACUGCUUCCUCAAUGGUGGUACCUCUCACAAUUGCAUCAAGUUUUAUUCACCAUGCUUUUCGGAAUAGACAUUUGCGAUGUUCCUAUGGAUGCACCAUUUGAUCUGUUUUCCCUUUUGACAUUAUUCAGAGCGAAAGAUGACACCACCCGUGUAGUUGUUCCCGAUGUGAUGCCAAUUAUCCUGCUCAUGAUGAAGAAAGGAAUUAACACAGUGGUACAAUUGAGCUAUAGCAUUGAAAAGGAUCUAUUUGCAAGAGGUACAACUCGGGACGACGCGGCAAUCAAAAAAAUUCAUAUUGAACGGAAACAUCAAAGACGACGUUCACGAUCUCUUUCUAGAGACUUGGAAAUAAUCAUCGAUGACGAACCCGCAAAAGAAACCUUAUCCAAACUUUCACAUGUAGAGCAAACCCUAAUACACUUCAUUACAAACAUGUACAAUAACUCCUCGGAAUUCAGCGAACUAUGUUGCAAAAGUGAAAUUAUGGAUAACUUCAUGGAAAUAUUAUUUUACAUAAUAUGCUCGUGUGAUGAAAUAUCAAUCGAAACAGAACUUUAUUCGAAAGAUCUAGGGGUAUCCUUUGACGCAGACUCGUCUUUUGACAUUCUUCUGAACAAUGGCACAUCCAGUGUAUUGCCAAUAUUGACUGCUAUAUCGCGUCAAUCCAGAAAUUUCCUUGGCGAUGAGGACGGUGAGGAGAUGACCUCUUUUUCUUCUAGCAAUAAUUACCUGACGGUCAGUCCUUGUGCUUCACCUUUACGAGCCAGCCCUGUACAGAGUGAUCUAGAUGACGAAUCCGAUUAUGGAUUAAUCCCACCAAGAUCACCUACGAAACGUUCAACAAAGAAGUUUGACUAUGCAGACCAUAAAAACGAUACAGUAGAGAUCUUGCUCGAAUUUAUUGUUUCAAUAUGCGUCAAUUCAAUUGUGGAUCCCAAAGUGAAAUCCUUAAAUGGUUUAGAACACGUCUUGAAGUCUUUUCCACCGUCGUUUUUAGAACACAAGAUUCAAUUCGAGAGCUACAUUCUGUUGCACGCUUUAGGAAGCCUCAGAAGUACAUUGCAACUGGACAUGAGUUUGUUACAAGAUCAUCGUAUCGUUUCAAACACAGCUCGAUUUUCGCAGAUCGUCGUCGAUGCAAUAUAUCAAGGAUGGUUUUUGAACGGGCAAAAUCAAGUAUACGAGUUUCUUACGAUUGUCUUAGAGGGCAUUCAACGAAUUGAAGAAUCGGGCGCGAAACGUAUCAACGAUCAAUCGAUACCAAUUUUGUAUCGCUCUUUGGACAGGAUCAUUUUGUUUAAGUUAUCCGAAAUCGAUCAAGAUUCGACAGAAGCUGAGAUUAUCAUUGAAAUGCUUGGAAAACUGAUAUACCACCAAAAAGUCAUCUUCAGUCCCUACAAUACAGAUCUCGAUUUUGUGAGAUGCCUGUGUUACCAUCUUUACAGAUUCUUGCUUUACGAUAAUCAAGAAAUUUGGAAAUUGCUCAUGCUUCAAAAGCCCGGAGAGAUGUCUGGAAUGUUGAAAACGCGAGUUAAAGGGAUAGAAUAUAAAGAAUUGGUUGAAGGAUUUGCUAAAUUAUUGGAAAUGGAACUUAACUCUUUCCUGGCAUGGAUCGAAGCUCGUAAAGUUCAACUGGACGCUUUGUUCCAAGAAAGCAUUUCUAAAGUCUGGGAAGCACUAAUUGCAAGUGAAAUAAAAAAUUGCAGGGACUUUUUGAAAAGCACACACACCAAAAGAAUGAACAAGCUUAGGAAAAUACAUAAGAAGAUUUCGACAGAAUUGGAAUUUUUUGACCAGUAUAAAGUUAAAACCAGUCAAUGGUCAAGGCAUAUACAAGAAAUUGAGACAAGCAGAUAUUACAAGUCUAUUCAAGACAACAUAGAUCAUUACAACUAUAUACGAGAUCAGUGGACAAAAACAUCAUCCGACUUAUUCCGCGAGCGGGCUCUCUGGGGUUCCCAAACGGUCGAUCCCGAGGCUAAAUGGAGAUUGGAUUUCACGGAAGGUCGAUGUCGAAUGCGGAAAAAGCUAGAGCAAAACGAGGACUUAAGAUUAUAUUCCUAUCGACCAAAAAGUAGCAAAUAUGAGAAUGUCAUGAAAGAGGGCGGUAAUGACAGUUUACAAUCGCCGUUGACGAGCAGUCCGAUUAAAUCAUCAAGUCUGGAAGUUCCCAAGAUACAUCCGAAAAGACCUAAAUCUCCAGAACGCCAAAUGACUCUUACACCUAAUUCAAAUGAUCUGGACACUCCAAACGAUGACAUUGAAUCAGUAGGAAAUAGUCAAUUCACCGAAUCACAAGCUGAGAUUGAUGAAGAGAAUGCGUUUGAAGAAGAUAAAAACAGAAAGGUUUUAAGAUCAUUGGAAAAUGGCGAUUCGGUGUUAGACAUAUAUAACAUAAGUCGUAUCCUUGGGUUGGAUGCCUGUGAGGGCCUUUUGCUGUUGUGUAAGCAAAAUUUGUAUUUAAUAGACGGUUACUUUCAAACAUCUGAUGGAGAAAUUGUGGAUAUUUGGGAUGCCCCAACAAAGGAACGUGAUCAAUAUUUGCAAAUGCUUGCAUCACAUGCCGGUUAUUCUAAUGAUACGUCUAUCAAAGAAAAAAAGCAUAAGAGUAGGAAAUGGGCCUUUGAGGACAUCAAGGAGGUUCAUAAAAGGAAAUUUCUAUUUCGUGAUGUUGCAUUAGAAAUAUUCUUUGCCGAUGGGCGGAAUUAUCUGAUCACCUUUUUCCUGAAAGAACGUGAUACUGCAUAUAAUAAACUUGUUGCGCGAGCAACGUUCUCAAUAAGCGGAUCUGAAUCAGUCAUCGGCACAUCCAAUCCUCUUGAUGCGGUGUCACCCGUUAAUUCGCUACCUUCGGCAGGAUUACGUUUCAAUUUACCGAGUUUUUUUGCGAAUUCUUCACUAGCAGAAUUAACUUCAAGAUGGGAGAAACGAGAAAUUUCGAAUUUUCAAUAUUUAAUGCAUCUAAAUACUCUUGCUGGUCGAUCAUAUAAUGAUCUUACGCAAUAUCCCGUUUUCCCUUGGAUAUUGGCCGACUACACGAGUGAAGAACUUGACUUGACCAAACCUGAAACUUUUCGUGAUUUGUCUAAACCCAUGGGCGCGCAGACUCUUGAGAGGAAAAAGGAAUUCCAAAUCCGGUACAGAUCUUUUGAUCCUACUGCAAAUGCGACAACACCGGCAUUUCAUUACGGGACACAUUAUUCGUCUGCAAUGAUUGUUUGCUCCUAUUUGAUACGCCUGGAACCUUUCACUCAACAAUAUCUGAAACUUCAGGGUGGACACUUUGAUCAUGCCGAUCGAUUGUUUCACUCAAUCGCCAAAGCAUGGCUGUCUGCAACUCGAGAUAACAUGAGCGAUGUCAGAGAACUGAUUCCAGAAUUCUUUUAUUUGCCAGAGUUUUUGGAAAACGCAAAUAAAUUUAAUUUUGGUGUCAAGCAAGGAACUGGUGAAGUGAUUGAUUCGGUCAUUCUUCCGCCAUGGGCAUGUGGCGAUCCCAAAAUAUUUAUACAUAAGCAUCGACAAGCCUUAGAAAGUGAUUAUGUCAGUGCACAUCUUCACGAAUGGAUUGACUUAAUCUUUGGCUAUAAACAACAAGGACCCGCCGCAGUAGAAGCUGUAAAUGUUUUUCAUCAUCUCUCCUACGAGGGUGCAAUCGACCUGGACGCCAUUACCGAUCCGGUCGAAAGAUCAGCAACGACAGGAAUUAUUUAUAAUUUUGGUCAGACUCCACGUCAAUUGUUCUCUCAACCUCAUCCGGCGAGGUUAACUGUCGCAUCCGACCCAAAUAACAAUAUCGGAAAUUUUAAAUUGCACGAAAAAAUGGAAUUCCUAAUGCAAUCUAUGCACCCAAUAUUAGACAUUCGGCUACAGGUUCACGACAUCCGACUAAUAAAUGAUCGCUUGAUGGCUGUUAGCACACAAAAAGUCUUGGUUCCUCCAAAUUACACAUACUAUGUUGAAUGGGGUUACUCUGAUAACAGUCUGAGAUUUCAUAAUUUAGACACCAGAAAGAUGAUGGGCUUGUAUGAAAAUCUUCAUUUACAAACUAUAAGUUGUGCGUGUUUCGCUGAUGGGCGAACAUUUAUUACUGGAGGAACGGACGCGGUCGUUUGUAUUUGGCGAUUAAAAUGGCCAACAAAAACUCCCGAAUUUACUUUUAUGAAAUGUUUACGAGGACAUUCCGCAAAGAUUAAUUGCGUAACUGUUUCAAGGUCAUACAGUAUUAUUGUUAGUGGAUCAGAUGACACUACUUGCAUAAUAUGGGAUUUGAAUAGAAUGAAAUACGUAAGGCAGCUACAAAACCAUGAAACUUGCAUUCAGUCUGUCUCAAUAAAUGAUACAACCGGCGAUAUCUUGACAUGUAGUGGAUCAAUAAUUCGCGUGUGGGGCAUCAACGGUGAUCUUAUGAUAAAAAAGGACACACAAGAUCCUAUACUUUGCUGCGUAUUCUAUGAGGGUAAACAAAACGAAUGGCUCGAAAAAGAUGUUAUUCUUACGGGGCACAAGAGGGGUGUGGUCAAGAUCUGGAACAAAGUUUUAGAAACAAUAUCGGAAUCGGAAAAUAAUGUGUGUAAAUGGGAUUUCACACUGCGUCACACAUUGAAACACGAAAAUAGGGUGGGUCCAGAGUAUACGGCUGACAUCGUCGCUCUGUUGCCCUCUGGAACUCAAAAAGUUAUUUAUAGUGGAGACUCGACAGGUAAGGUUUUCUCGUGGGUCUUACCCGACACCAAAAUCGAAUCUCACUGGAUGCCGGAUGGACAAUCUGAUGUCUGCUCGAAAUGUGAAGUCCGAUUCGCUGUAUUAGGUAAUUUGAGUAAUCAAUAUUUUGCUUUUUAUCUAAAUUGUGUCCGUACUCAUUUCAUCCCUCCAUUAUAA